GCGGCGCAGUUCUCAUAGUCACACGUGCAAACCCUCAUGUCUGGGAAGCGACAAUUCCCGCACGAGGAAAACCCUGUGUUUUCAAGCACUUCACUCUCUUACACAUACACUCUCCCUGUCUUUGUGCACGUUGUUAAUGGCAACGAUAUAGAAGAAUUAGGGUUUGAGUGAAUUCUAUCUUAUUGCUCAUAAUGUAUUCGUUAACGGUGAAGCCCUCUUUUGUGCCUCAAGUUCCUUCUUCUUCUUCUUCUUCUUCUUCUUCGUAUUGCUCGACUCGUUCGUGUUCUUCGCUUAGCUUCCCGAUAAGAACCAAGUACAGAGGAACGGAAAGACUCGCUUUGAGAAUUCACGCUUAUGAUUCUUCCAAGGACGAUGCUUCCAAUGCCUCCGGUGAUUCCAAGCCUCCCAACGGCAGUCUGCCAAAGACCAGGAGAGAAAUUCUAUUGGAGUAUGUAAAAAAUGUGCAGCCAGAAUUUAUGGAGUUGUUUGUGAAGAGAGCACCUCAACAGGUAGUUGAUGCAAUGCGUCAAACGGUGACAAAUAUGAUUGGAACACUUCCACCACAAUUUUUUGCAGUGACAGUCACCACUGUUGCUGAAAACCUUGCACAGCUAAUGUACAGUGUCAUAAUGACUGGAUAUAUGUUUAAGAAUGCACAAUACCGUUUGGAACUGCAACAAAGCUUGGAGCAGGUUGCUCUUCCCGACGUGCAAGAUAAAAAGGAUGUGCCAGAUUAUGCACCUGGUACACAGAAGAAUGUGUCAGGUGAAGUUAUUAGGUGGAAUAAUGUUUCUGGUCCUGAACGAAUUGAUGCUAAAAAGUACAUAGAGUUACUUGAAGCUGAGAUUGAGGAAUUGAAUCAUCAAGUUGGUAGAAAAUCAAAUGGGCAAAAUGAAUUGUUGGAAUAUCUAAAAUCUCUUGAGCCCCAAAAUCUGAAGGAUUUGACAAGCAGUGCUGGAGAGGAUGUUGUGCUUGCGAUGAAUACAUUCAUAAAGCGCCUUUUGGCUGUCUCAGAUCCCAGCCAAAUGAAGACAAGUGUAACGGAGACGAGUGCGCCCGAACUUGCCAAGCUUCUUUAUUGGCUGAUGGUUGUUGGUUACAGCAUUCGCAACAUUGAAGUCCGUUUUGACAUGGAACGAGUGCUUGGGACUCCCCCAAAGCUUGCGGAAUUACCUCCAGGAGAAAAUGUUUAAAGCACGGCAGAUUGAACUGCAGAGAACAGAAAGUUAUGGUGCUCUUGGAGCAGUGUUCUUUAUUCUGGAAUACCAUAUGAAAGAAGGGGCCUUUUUAAGUUUGGACAAAGCUGAAGGCUCAAUCCAUAGCUGAUUCAUGGUUUGGAAGGCAAAAUUUUCUCAUGCCACAGUUGCCUUUCUCCAGUAGUCGAAAUUAUUGAUAAAAUUGUCAAAGCAAAGGGUAAUAUAUAUAUCUUUAGACGCGUAUUAGUUAAUUCUUCUUUUGUAUUUUGUCUCAAACAUGCAAUCCUCACAAUAGUUAAUUUUAAGUACUAUCAAAAGAGCAUGGAAAUCUUGGAUUGUGAUGA